AUGUCCUCCUCUCUUGUUGCUGCACAGGUCGGGCCCUUGUCUAAUACAGAUCCUAAUAUCCCGGCGGAUACUACAUCAACUUGCGCCAACACCAUAAUAUCGUUGAACAAAGACGAUGACAGCAAAGCAUGCAUUAGCCGGCUCGCGGGCGUAGUGAAAGGCUAUAUGACUGCAAGCAAUGCACCAGGUACAACAGAAGCAGCGAACGCGAAUGCGCUCAAGGCAGCGCUCAAUGCCCUCUGUGCACCUGGCGCAGGCUGUGACGCGGGAAUGUUGAAGGGAAAGCUCAAGGCGUUUUCGGAUACAUGCAUGACAGACCUGGUAGCACAGUCGCAAUACGUCAUGGGAAUCUACGACCAGCUGUACCUCCUGAGUCCCUUUCUGCAAGCGUUGUGCACGAAGGAUACCUCGGGAGAAUACUGCAUUAACACCCUUUCGCAAAAUGGAAAUGCGAAGAGCACAACGUCAUCAAGGCGCAGCGUCGCAGGUGACAUGAAGGAUCACAGCGAGCCUCCUCAGCAAGUGUGGCGAUCGAUCGACAGUACUACUCAUGAAAAGCGACAGGGAACAGAACCAAGCUCAGGCGAUGCAUCUCAGACUUCAGACAAUAUCCCGUUCCUAUUCAUCCAGCCCACUUCGCCCAAGUCCAUCCUCUGCGGCACGUGCACACAGAAAAUUCUUGCUGCUUACAUCAAUUUUGAGACAGCUUCACCGUAUGCUAUUGGUCUGAAAAAUAGCCCCAACUUGAACAGCCAGUCGGCACUGUACAAGGCAGGCAAGGAGACGUGCGGCGACACGUGGGCCAGAAGUGUCAACCAGCUCGCAGGUACGACAGCGUUUGCGGAUGUCAGCGCUGCGCAUCACGGCAGCGGAGAUGCCGGAUCCAUGCUUCACGUCGCUCUCGUUGGCGCCUCGGUCUCCUUGGCCGCUCUACUUCUAUGA